AUGCAAGACAUCAGCAGCGAUUGCGACACGUCGUCUACCUCGCUCGGCCAGCGCCGAGGCAUUUCCGAUCUGGCGCGAUUCGCCCUCGACCUGACCUGGGCAACCCCCCCAAGAGCAGAGUCCGAGACUCCUGCUCGUCCCAGAGCCUAUCCUUCUCCGCCCAUGUCAGGGUCUCCUCCUCCUCAUCCGCCCAAAGCAAACCCAGAGGCUGGCGACCGAGGGCAACUGCAUGGCAGCUAUCCGUCCACUAACCCGCAGGAUGCAUACCGCGGGGGACUGCCGCCGCCACCACCGACGGCGACGACGAUACACCAAAGCGAACUCCGAGGGCCGCCGUUGCACCAGUCCCUGCCGCCGCCCCAGCCCCGAUCCUAUCACGCCGAGCAGCAGGACAGGAUGUCUUACGCCUAUCCUAGACCUGACGACCACCUGCGCAACACGCCGUCUGGGUAUGCACAUCUCGCGAACCAGGCCUUGCAGCAACGGCCACAACCGUAUAUGCACAUGUCUGGGCCGCCACCGUCACAGCCAGCAGGGCCUCAUCAGCAUGGCUAUGCGACAACUAUGUCGCAAACGUCCCAGGACAGCGCUCCCUACACGUCCCCCAAGACGCAGAGAAAGACAAAGGGCCAUGUGGCAUCAGCCUGCGUGCCAUGCAAGAGAGCCCAUCUUCGAUGUGACGCCCAACGACCCUGCUCGCGAUGCACAAGCAACGGAAAGGAAGACGCAUGCGUCGACGUGCAACACAAGAAGCGCGGUCGCCCACGGCUGAGGGACGACCGGGAGGCCCGUUAUGGCCCCUCGACAUAUCAGCAUCCCCAGGAUGCCGCCGCCGCAGCCUCGAGGAGACCGCCGUUGAGUCACUACUCGGCGGCUGGCCCUCCCAUCUCAGGGUACGAUGACCCCAUCCGAGGCAGUCACUCCUAUCGCGUUCUAAAGUCUCAACCAAGCGAGCCCAAUGCCCCCCCGCGCUACCUGGACAGAGCCUCCAUGGCCGACGCCAACAUCUACGGGCAACCGCCGCCGCCCCUGGCGACCGGCGCGCCGGAACCCGUCGUCUUCUUGACCAUGGAGCUGGAAAUCGCCCGCGCUUCCCAGGCAUUUGCCGAUGCUGUCGGGAUCCCCAGCGUGAGGGGACGAUCCCUCCUCGAUAUCGUCUUGGCCUCGGAGCGCGACAAGAUCCAGAACCACCAGCGGAGUAUGCAGGAUGAGCGGUCGAGGAAAGACCCGGUCUAUCUGCCCCCCAUCUUCGGCAGGCAGGAGCAGGAGCGCGUGUUUGACUCUCUGCGUUUCGAGGCCGACGAGAUCUCGCGGUUCCAGCUGGAUCGCCAGGACUUCUUCGUUUUUGCUGCGGCCGACGGACAACCGCGAUCGUAUUCCGUCCGGUUGGGGCUUGCGAAGCGGGAGUCCAUCUACUUCAUCGUCCUGCUCGUCAACGCGGCACCCAGGUUUCCCUACCCCUCACCGUCGCCCCAUGCCCGAGAGGUGCCGUAUCUCUAUCAACAACCUCAGCAGCAGCAGCAGCAGCAGCAGGCCUACGCGCAGCACACGCCCGUGUCUGCGACGUUCGAUCACACGAGAUCUCGGUAUGGCGAGGGCGCACUCGCGCCGCGACCGUCUCCUGGGCAGCCUCCUCACAUGACAUCCGGGCUGAGUCCUGGGAUGCCGUCGUAUUCCGCGUCGCCGAGCCGACCCGACUAUGCCGCCGGCCCUUCGUCGUAUCAGAUUCCUCGCAGUGAACUGCCGCCGACCACUCGGCCCCCUCAACCCUCUUUCCAGUUGCCGCCCAUCCGUGCCGGCCCGCAUCAUCAACCAACACAUUCCGAGCCCUCGUGGCAGAGGGACGACCGAUCCGGCCGCGUCGAUAUCGGUGGCCUGCUCGAGAAACCGGACCCGCAGCAGCGGCGUCAGCAAUGA